AUGGUUGAGCAAAAAAAGCGAUUCGCUCUGUUUCUAGCGACAAGCGAUUCGACGUUCGUGAAGAAGACGUACGGUGGCUAUUUCAACGUUUUCGUUUCGACAUUCGGAGAAGACGGUGAGGAAUGGGAUCUGUUCCGAGUGAUCGACGGCGAGUUUCCGGAGGAUAGAGAUCUGGAAAAGUACGAAGGAUUCGUCAUCAGUGGUAGCCUCCAUGACGCUUUCGGUGACGCUGAUUGGAUCGUUAAGCUUUGUUCACUUUGUCAAAAACUCGACGACAUGAAGAAGAAGGUUCUCGGUAUCUGCUUCGGCCACCAGAUACUAAGCAGAAUCAAAGGAGGGAAAAUCGGAAGAGCGAGUAGAGGUUUGGACAUGGGACUAAGAAGCAUAACAAUGGCUAAAGACGCAGUGAAACCGGGUGAUUACUUUGGGAACCAGAUUCCGAAAUCAUUAGCGAUUAUAAAAUGUCAUCAAGACGAAGUGUUUGAACUCCCUGAAUCAGCUACAUUGCUUGCUUAUUCAGACCAUUGCAACGUCGAGAUGUUCUCCAUUGGAAAUCACUUCCUAUGCAUCCAAGGCCAUCCUGAGUACAACAAAGAGAUUCUUUUCGAGAUCAUUGACCGUGUCGUCAGUUUGAAGUUGAUGGAGGAAGAUUUUGCGGAUAAGGCAAAGGCAACGAUGGAGAACGCAGAACCUGAUAGGAAGCAAUGGCAGACUCUCUGCAAAAACUUUCUCAAAGGAAGAUUCGAGCAAGUUUAA